GGCCGCGUCCGCAGCCCAAUCCUUACUUGCCCCUCGACACUUCCCCCCUAAUUACACGCAAAAUUCAUUCAGUUCACAUUCGUUCGCUCAUAUUUCGAACUGUAGCGGGAGCCGUGCCUUUCGCCUCGACAUAAUCGCGCGCGGCGCACGACAACGCGACAUCAACCGCAAUCAUGGCGAACAAGGAGAACAACCUCGCGCAGUUCAAAUAUGCGGCCAUGUCCAAUUUGGUCCUGCAGGCGGAUCGUCGGUUUACGACGCGCCGCCCGGACGAGCACACUGGCGAUCCCGAGUCGCUGGCAGGCCGCAUAAACAUCCGCGACAUGGGAGGGCGGACAGCGCGAGACGAUGCGCCCACACAGCAGAAGAAGCCCAAGGGACUCGGGUUCGAGCGGGGGAGCCUGACUGAGGGCGGCGAUGUGUUGGAGCGGGAGCAGCGCAAGCGGAAGCGGGACGACGGCACCAGCGCCUUUGGGGCCACCGCCGCCGUCGACUUCAACAUCGAGGGUCUGCGGUACAGGCCAAGGACGCCUGCAACGCGCGCCACCUUCGAGCUCAUCACGACCAUCGUGAGCAAGGCUCUCGGGGACGUGCCCGUGGCGACCACCCGAAGUGCCGCCGAUGCGGUGCUCGAAUACCUAAAGGACGACGGCCUGAAGGACUUUGACAAGAAGAAGGAGGUCGACGACCUUCUGGGCAGCUCAAUGGGUGCGAAAGAGUUCAACGAGCUGGUCAACCUGGGCAAGAAGAUCACCGACUUCGACGCGCAGGACGACGACGAUGAGGGCGACGAAGGCAUGGCGGACGCUGAUGGUGCUGAGAAUGGCGACAAUCAGGGUGUAGCUGUGGUAUUCGACGAGGAGGAGGACGAUGAAGAAGGCGCCCAGACCUUCGAGGUGCGCGACGCCGAUACUUCUGACGAAGAGGACGAGGAAGAAACGGCCGUGGAGCAAAUAGGAGGAGAUGACGCCGCAGACGGAGGUAUUGCAGACACGGAGGAAAUGAUCAUCCAGGGCGACACAACUGUCUCAGCAGACCGCAAGGACGGCGCCGACCAACUCAUACCCGCACAUGAAAUCGACGCCUACUGGUUGCAACGGCAGAUAGGACAGGUCUAUGAAGAUGCGCACACACAACAGGAGAAGACACAGGAUGCCUUGAACAUGCUCGCAGGGAUCUCGGAAGACGGCGAAGAGAAGCCCCUGCGUGAGAUUGAGAACGACCUUAUGGAACUCUUCGACUAUGAACAUCACGAGCUCGUCGCGAAACUCGUCCUCAACCGUGACAGAGUUGUCUGGGUCACGAGAUGGAGACGGGCAGCCGAAGACAACGAUGAGCGGACGGCUGUCGAGCGGGAAAUGAGGGCUGCAGGUCAGCAACAGAUUCUGCAAGAGCUGCGCGCAAGAGAGACAGGUGUCAAGGCUGAGGAAGGCUCUGGAUCUGGAAAAAUGAAGUUCAACCUGGAGAACAUCAACCUCCCAGACUCGAAAGACGUUGACAUGUCUGACGCUCCAAGGCCCGACGGCGUGGUCGGUGGACUGCAGCCAUCUAGUCGGAUGGUCAACCUCGAGAACAUCGUCUUUGACCAGGGCAACCAUCUCAUGACAAACCCAAGUGUCAAGCUGCCGCAGGGGUCCACACGUCGCCAAUUCAAGGGCUACGAAGAGAUUCAUGUGCCCGCACCGAAAGCGAAACGCGAUGCGAAUGAACCGCCAAAUAUGCCUACCUCUGAGCUACCCGACUGGGCGCGAGCAGGUUUCGGCAACUCAAAAGCACUCAACCGUGUCCAGACGAAGUGCUUCCCCACAGCGUUCAACGACGACGGCAACAUGCUCAUUUGUGCUCCUACUGGUUCCGGUAAAACCAACGUUGCCAUGUUGGCCAUGCUUCGCGAGAUUGGAAAGCAUCGAGACGCGCGGACUGGAGAGAUUGCCCUCGAUGACUUCAAGAUCAUCUAUAUCGCUCCAUUGAAGGCCCUGGUAGCCGAGCAGGUCGGUAACUUUGGCAAGCGUCUCGAACCCUACGGAAUCAAGGUUGCUGAGCUCACGGGUGAUCGCCAACUCACCAAGCAGCAAAUCAUGGAAACACAGAUCAUUGUCACCACUCCCGAGAAGUACGAUGUCAUCACCCGCAAGGCUACGGACACCAGCUACAUCAACCUCGUUCGCCUCAUUUGUAUCGACGAAAUCCAUCUUCUGCACGACGACCGUGGCCCUGUCAUUGAGAGCAUCGUGAGCAGGACGCUUCGACGCAGCGAGCAGACUGGCGACCAAGUCCGUAUCGUAGGUCUGAGUGCCACACUACCUAACUACCGCGAUGUGGCAAGCUUCCUCCGCAUAGACCCUGACAAGGGUCUUUUCCACUUCGAUGCGACUUUCCGACCGUGUCCGCUGAAGCAAGAGUUCAUUGGUGUGUCAGACAAGAAGGCCAUCAAGCAGCUCAAGACGAUGAACGAUGUCUGCUAUACGAAAGUCCUCGAACAGGUCGGCGAACAUCGUAACCAGAUGUUGAUCUUCGUACAUUCGCGAAAGGAGACGGCAAAGACGGCGAAAUACAUUCGUGACAAGGCUCUUGAAGAAGAGUCAAUAGGCAAAAUCUUGCGAUCGGAUGCUGCCAGUCGCGAAAUUUUGAGGGAGGAAGCCGAGUCUGUUCAGAAUGCUGAUCUCAAGGAUCUCAUGCCAUAUGGUUUCGGUAUCCAUCAUGCUGGUAUGUCACGAGCGGACCGUUCUUCGGUAGAAGAUCUCUUCGCCGAUGGCUCGAUUCAAGUCCUGGUCUGCACAGCAACACUCGCGUGGGGUGUCAACUUGCCGGCGCAUACCGUCAUCAUCAAGGGCACCCAGGUAUAUUCUCCUGAAAAGGGUAGCUGGGUCGAACUUAGUCCGCAAGAUGUCCUGCAGAUGCUUGGUCGAGCUGGUCGACCCCAGUACGAUACUUACGGAGAAGGUAUCAUCAUUACCACUCAGGCCGAGAUUCAGUACUACUUGUCUCUCUUGAAUCAACAGCUACCUAUCGAGUCUCAGUUUAUCAGCAAACUUUCAGACAAUCUCAAUGCCGAGAUUGUUUUGGGCAAUGUCCGCACCAGAGACGAAGGUGUUGACUGGCUCGGGUACAGUUAUCUGUACGUGCGCAUGCUUCGUUCCCCAGGGCUCUACCGAGUUGGUCCUGAGUACGAAAACGACACGGUCUUGGAACAGAGACGUGUAGACCUUAUUCACGCGGCAGCACACGAACUGGAAAAAUGCAGUCUUAUUAAAUACGACAAGAAGACGGGAUCUUUACAGCCAACGGAACUGGGCAGAGUGGCAUCUCACUACUACAUCACCCACAACUCUAUGAAGACCUACAACAUGCAUAUCCAGCCCGGUAUCACUGCUAUCGAGCUGUUCCGAGUCUUCGCCCUCAGCGAGGAGUUCAAGUACAUUCCUGUGCGACAAGAUGAGAAGCUGGAACUCGCGAAACUUCUCGGUCGCGUACCAAUACCUGUCAAAGAGGGCGUCGAAGAAGCUCAAGCCAAGAUCAAUGUCCUCCUCCAAGCCUACAUCUCUCGACUCAAAUUGGAUGGCCUGGCGCUCAUGGCCGAUCUGGUGUAUGUCACUCAGUCUGCUGGACGUAUUCUGCGUGCGAUCUUCGAGAUUUGUCUGAAGAAGGGCUGGUCUCAGGUCGCAAAGUUAGCUCUCGACAUGUGCAAGAUGGCGGAGAAGCGAAUGUGGCCGACCAUGACACCACUUCGACAGUUCCCUCUAUGCCCUAGAGAUGUCCUGCAGAAGGCUGAACGAAUUGAUGUGCCUUGGUCCAGCUACUUCGGUCUCGACCCACCCAGCAUGGGUGAACUUCUGGGUAUGCCAAAGGCGGGCAGGACUGUUUGCCAGCUUGUUGAGAAGUUCCCACGUCUUGAGAUUGAGGCAACUCCUAGACCAAUUACGAGGUCUCUUCUCAAGAUGGAGCUCACAAUCAGGCCGAACUUUGUCUGGGACUCUUCAGUGCAUGGUGCUUCUGAGGCAUUCUGGAUUCUUGUUGAAGACUGCGAUGGCGAGCAGAUUUUGUUCCAUGACCAGUUUAUCCUUCGUAAGGAUUAUGCUGAGGGGGAUAUGAACGAGCAUCUGGUCGAGUUGACUGUGCCUAUCGACGAGCCAAUGCCACCGAACUAUUUCAUUACUGUCCUCUCCGACCGAUGGAUGGCGUCUGAGACUAAGCUAGCCGUUUCUUUCCAGAAGCUCAUCCUGCCAGCCAAGUUCCCAGCUCACACCCCUGUUUUGGACCUCCAGUCAUUGCCUGUCUCUGCCUUAAAGAAGAAGGAAUACAUGAACUUGUAUGAAGAUAUCAACCGCUUCAACAAGGUACAGACUCAGGUGUUCAACUCUCUCUACACUACGGACGACAACGUCUUUGUUGGUGCUUCGGCAGGUAUUGGCAAGACCUUGUGUGCCGAGUUUGCCAUUCUACGACACUGGUCUAGCGGCAACGAAGGUCGGAUUGUAUACUUGGCUCCCUUCCAGGAACUCGUAAACAACCAGUUCAAGAACUGGAAUGCGCGCUUGUCUGGCCUUGGUGGAGGCAAAGAUGUUGUCAAGCUCACUGGCGAGACCACGGCAGAUCUGCGAUUGCUCGAGAAGGGCGACCUUAUUCUUGCUACACCAUCCCAGUGGGACUCUCUCUCCCGUCAAUGGCAACGACGAAAGAACGUUCAAUCUGUAGCGCUGCUGGUUGCUGAUGAGCUGCACAUGCUCGGCGGUGCCGGUGGUCAUGUCUACGAGAUUGUUGUCUCUCGUAUGCAGGCUAUGGCAGCUCAACUCGAAUCCAAAUUGCGUAUUGUCGGUCUCAGCGUUUCCCUCUCGAACGCACGAGACAUCGGCGAAUGGAUUGGCGCGAGCAAGCACACCAUCUACAACUUCAGCCCUGGUGUUCGCGCAGUACCGCUGGAAUUGAAAAUCCAGGCAUUCAGCAUUCCUCAUUUCCCCUCAAUGAUGAUGGCAAUGGCUAGGCCUACUUACUCUGCCAUCACCCAGACUUCGCCCGAUAAGCCAGCGAUGAUCUUUGUGCCAAGCAGAAAGCAAGCUCGUUCGUCUGCUGUUGACCUGUAUGCUGCUUGUGUUGCCGACGAUGACGACGAUCGUUUCCUCAACGCAUCACUAGAUGAGAUUCAGCCUAUCCUUGAGAAAGUCAAUGAGCGCGCGCUUUCUGAAUCACUCUCACACGGUAUUGGAUACUUCCACGAGGCCUUGAACCCAUUCGACAAGAAAGCUGUUCAGCAUCUGUUCAAGGUUGGCGCUAUUCAAGUGUUGAUAGUGUCUCGUGAUGCUUGCUGGGAGAUCGACAGCAGUGCUCAUCUGGUCAUCGUUCAGGGUACACAGUUCUUCGAGGGUCGUGAACACCGUUACGUCGAUUACCCGGCCAGCGAAAUCCUACAGAUGUUCGGCAAGGCAGGUAGGGUGGGACAAGACAAGUCGGCGAAGGGUGUUCUUAUGUUGCCUGCGGUCAAGCGUGACUUCUACAAGAAGUUCUUGAACGAAGCGCUGCCAAUCGAAAGCUACCUUCACGACUACCUGCAUGAUGCCUUCGUUGCAGAGAUCAGCGCGAAGACGAUCGAGUCUACGCAGGAAGCUGUCGACUGGUCUACCUACACCUACUUCUACCGUCGUCUCCUUGCCAACCCUAGCUACUACAACCUUCACGACACAUCACAUGAAGGUCUCAGCGCACAUUUGUCUGAGCUUGUAGAGCAGACACUGAAGGAGCUGUCGGACGCCAAUCUCAUUGAGCACGAUGAAGAAGAGGACGCCAUCACGCCUCUCAACCCAUGCAUGAUUGCAGCAUACUACAACAUUUCCUUCAUCACGAUGCAAACACUCAUGAUGUCGCUCAAUGGCCGAACCAGCCUGAAGGGUGUACUGGAGAUUAUCACAGCUGCCACAGAGUUCGAAGAUAUCCAGAUCCGUCGACACGAGAACCACAUCCUGUCGCGCAUCUACGACCGCGUCCCCUUCAAGAUGCAAGACGCGAACUUCGAAACUCCCCACUUUAAGGCCUUCAUUUUGCUUCAAGCCCACUUCUCCCGCAUGCAGCUACCCAUCGAUCUCGCCAAAGACCAAGAAAUUGUUAUCCGCAAGGUCCUCAACAUCCUUAGUGCGAGUGUCGACGUCCUCUCUUCGGAGGCGCACCUUAACGCCAUGUCCGCCAUGGAGCUUUCCCAGAUGGUCGUCCAAGCGAUGUGGCAAAAGGACUCAGCACUCAAGCAGAUCCCGCACUUCGAUGCCGACACCAUCAAAGCGAGUCAGAAAUUCGGCAUCAACGACGUCGACGACUUCAUCAACGCCAUGGACGAAGACGAAAACCCAGACUACAAGAAGCUCAUCGCUGCGCUCGACGUCGACCAACGCCAACUCGCAGACAUUGCAAACUUCACAAACAACUACUACCCCAACAUCGAGCUUGAGCAUGAGCUCGUCGACCCAGAGAAUAUUGCGUCCAACUCCCCCGCGCAGAUCAAGGUCCGUGUCACUCGCAACAUCGACGAGGAUGAGGAGCUCAAGACAGAGGUCCACGCGCCGUUUUACCCGAGCGAAAAGACGGAGAGCUGGUGGCUGGUCGUAGGCGACCAGAAGGAGCACACGCUACUGGCCAUCAAGAAGGUUACUAUUGCGCGGAAAUUGGAGACGGUGUUGGAGUUUACACUCGAGAGGCCUGGCGAGCAUGAGCUUACGCUUUCGCUGGUUAGCGAUAGUUAUCUGGGCGUUGAUCAGGCGCCGAGCUUCAAGGUUGUUGCUGCGGAGGGUAUGGAGGAGGAUAGUGAGGAGGAAGAUGAGGAGGAAGAAUAGGUUAUUGGAGAACGGGUUGAUGUGUCGUAAAAUUGGGGUUUGUGGCGUUUUCGUGGAGUUGUGUGUACGUGGACUUUCGUGUAUCAUA